UGGCGGCGGCGCGGGGCGGGAGUCGCCGCUCCCACGUGGUCUAGCGGUGAGGAUUCCUGGUUUUCACCCAGGCGGCCCGGGUUCGACUCCCGGCGUGGGAAGCUCCAUUUUGCCCCCCCGCCCCCGCCCCGCCGCGGCGGGGAGGCAGCGAUCGCCCCUGCGGGUCCUCCCGCAGAAGCGCUUCCCCGCCGGGACCAGCCGCCCGCAUGCAGAAGAAGAUGGGAGAAGCCGUCGCCCGGGUGGCCCGGAGGGUCAACGACACGGUGGAGAACCAGGGCGACUCGCUGGACCUGGCCGAGUGCAAGCUGAUGACCUUCCCCGUGGGCAUCUACAAGGCCAUGCGGAGCGUGGCCGGCGGCAUCCACCGCAUCACGCUGGCCAACAACGAGCUCAAGGCGCUCGCCGGCCGCUUCGUCACCACCUUCAGCCAGCUGCGAGAGCUGAACCUGGAGGGGAACUACCUGCACCGGCUGCCCGAGGAGGUGCGGUCCCUGCUGCACCUCCGCGCCAUCAACCUCUCCCGCAACCGCUUCCGGCACUUCCCCGAGCCGCUGGCCGCCGUCGGCACCCUCGAGACCGUCGAGCUGGAGGAGAACGAGAUCGCAGGACACGCUGCGGUGGCGAGAGCGCAGUGGCGGAGAAGCGGGCCGUGUCCUUGGGGAGGCAGUCGCUGCCGCGCGUUGCCUCUAAGGACAGGUGCCUUUUCCACCGCCAAGCCAGCGAGCAACGCUUGCGACCGCUCUUUAGGAGUGAUUUAGCCAAGGCUAAAGGAGAGCAAUGAAACCCGGUUGCAGAGCGGACAUGGGUUUCUCGGGAGGCAGGGCAGCCGCGUGGUCGGGUCUCGUGGGGUUUGGGGCCGGGGCGCCGCUCCAAACCUCGGAGCAGAAGGAUGCUCGUGCAUGGGUUUGGCUGGCAGCUGAUCCCGUGCUUUUUGCACUCGGCAUGGCGUUUUGGCCUCCUCCGAAGGGUCUGGUCAUCCAGCAUCGCUAUUGCAGCAGAUAGACCUCGAAGUAAAAACCGGCCCCAUCCCGAGGAGGUCCCUGACCUGCCAGCAGCAGGACCAAGGCGUGCUGAGAUUGCCCUGCGAGCACUGGGGCUGGCGCGGUGACCGGCACGUGCCGCCAGCCCCAUCCGCAAGCACAGGCAGGCGCGAGCAGAUGCCCAUGUGUCAGGGAUAUCCCGUCCUCGCGCUCGGGACCGACAUCUCCCAGCCCGGAGACGUGCGGAUGCAAAGCGGAGGUCACCUCCCCGGGGCUGCCAGGGCUGUGCGCCGGGGCUCCCGCGCAGCACGGGAAUUGCGGGAGAGCACGAGCGAGCCGGGAGGACGUGCCUGCAAGAAAGCUGUGGACGCUAUGGAUCUGCAUCCCUGCUGGAGGAUCUUUCUUUUUUCCAUGAAUCAUCAUCCAUUAAAGCCCCCUCGAGGCUAAAGAGAGAAUUUGCUUUUCACAUUCGCUCCCCCAGCUUCGAGGAGGUGCCUACGGCCCCGUGGAGCGGGCUUCUCGCAUUAGAGAGUAAAUAAAGUUCCCUGGGGUUAUCCGCUCCUAUCCAGUCCCGCUCAAGUUAAAGGAACAUAUAGGAGCAUUUUCUGCUUUUCCUCGAGUCCCGCUCAAGUUAAAGGAACAUAUAGGAGCAUUUUCUGCUUUUCCUCACUGUGUUUUUUCCUCCCCGAGGUCAUUUAUUGCCUUUUUCUCGCCUUUAGUGAGAUGGGCAAGUUGGUGAAGUCCCGGGGUAGCAGUAAAAGAGGUGGUUGUUUUGCUUAGCUGCCUAAUUUAAGCAAUUUGGUGGAGUUUAUUGCUCUGGGUAACCUUAGAAGCUUAUUGUGUGAUAAGAUCUAUCAUAACAUUGAUUUAUGCACGUCAAGGGGGAAAAAAAUGCAAAAUGAUACAGUGGAGCCGGGAUGAACAAAUCCAUCAUAGAGAGGAGUUAUAAAAGCCAAUGUGAAGACCAGCCUGAUGAGAUGCACGCUGCUAAGAUACACGUGCGUUUCCAGCUCGUCAGUAUUGCAGAAAAUAGGACUGUUCUCUGCAGGGGGGAAAAAAAUAGCCAUCAGAGAGAACCUAUGUUUGCAUCUUUUCCAGGAUAAAAUAAUUGUCAUGGUUGAAAAUGUCAUAAUCAGCCAACCAGCUGGGAUUGCGGAUGCGUUGGGGGCAGAUCCGGCUGCAAUGUCGCUGCGUUUGCGCGGGGCCGGGCGCCGCUUUGCCCUGCUGCCGGGCAACCAAAUCCUUCCUUGGAGGGCUGCUUUCCGCUUUUCAUUAACGGGAAAAAUUCCCCUGCGCCAUGGGCUCGCUUGCCCGUGACGCCCGCUGCCCGGUCUUGCAAUUUUUUCAGUAAAUGGCGUUUGGUUUUGCAACGGCGGCGGUUUGCAGCUGCCUUUAAUCUGCUGUUUGGGCUGGUUUCAUCUCUUAUAACUGCAGCUUGGGGUGCGUUGGCUUGUUAAGCGAAAUGAGCUUUUCUGCUGAAUAAAUACAUGCAUUGGAGAGAGGAAAAAAUGCAGAGCUGAGUGCACCUAAGAGAGACUCACCUGCCAGCCCCUGAAACAGAAAUCCCUUAUAAUUUACCCCGACGCAGAAGCAGCAGAAACUGCAGGUUUCUCGCAGCGGGUAUCAUGCUCGGCGGUUUCCAGGCUGCGGCUUGCAGAGCCCCGGGGGAUGCAGGGACGACUUCAAAGAAACCUCCGUGCUGUAACUUAGGAAGAAACGCAGUUAGCAGCAGGCCUGAAUUCACCAAGUCAGCUUUGCACCCCCGCGGGGCAAUUUUCAGCAGGCUGCGAGCUGCAAAAUGACGGGCAGCGCGGGUCGGCAGCAAGUAUUGACAGAAUAAAUCAGAUUUGGGCAAAUAAUGGA